UGGAAAAUAUCGUUUCGUUGACGAAACAAGUCCUCGAACCAGUUAGAGAUUUUCCUACGUAUUCUGUAUGGAGGUAAAUAUGUAACCUGUAUUUUUACAGUGACAAAAACAAACUACUAACCCGCCUUUGACGCACUCGACAGUUUCGUUUAAGAGUCAGGAGCUUAAAAGGUCACUAAGGAUGCCGUUGUUUGGAAACACGUUCAGUCCGAAAAAGACCCCUCCUCGGAAAUCAGCCUCCCUUUCCAGUCUUCACACGUUGGACCGCUCAACGCGAGAAAUAGAACUGGGCCUUGAAUAUGGACCACCUGCGCUUAACAUCGGAGGCCAGAGCUUGAAGUUUGAAGACGGACAGUGGUUGUCAGAAACUGGUGGAAGUACCUCUAACAGAGAGUUGCAGCGACUUAAGAAAAGAAAUUUACAACUGGAGGAGGAGAACAAUCUCCUGAAACUAAAGAUUGAAACACUCAUGGACAUGUUGACAGAGACAACAGUAGAAUACCACAUGAUAGAGAAAGAGCUGGAAGAUUUGAAGAGUCAGCAUUGACGGAUGUGAUGUCCUAAUAAAAACAUUUUUUCAUUUUCUUUCGUUUUCUUUCUGUCUUUCCUUUUUGUAUCUACAUUUUUAUUGUUUACUUAAACAUAUUUCUUUGUUACAUUUUACUCUUCUAAAAAAAAAA